UUGUUCAGCUUUCAGUUAUUUGAGCCGAUUUCGUGCACAUACACGUAUAUUCUAGCAUGCGCAUCAACUCGAAAAACUGUUAUCAUCGAUCCUGUCCUAGAAACUGUUGAAAGAGACGCUAAGCUUAUACAAGAGUUGAAUUUAAAGCCACUUUAUGCAGCAAAUACACAUGUACAUGCCGAUCAUAUUACUGGUUCUGGAGAGCUAAAACGAAUCUUUCCUCGGAUGAAAUCUGUUCUGUCUAAACAUAGUGGUGGAGUGGCUGAUAUGUUUGUAGAUGAUGGUGAUUUAUUGCUUUUUGGCGAUCAGAAUUUGGAAAUUCGUGCUACUCCUGGUCAUACAGAUGGUAAUAUUUUUCUACUUUUCUACUAUUGGUGGAAUCAAGUUUUUAGCUAUAUAUUUCAUCCUUUGAAAAAAGUAUUUACUGGAGACGCUCUUCUGAUUCGAGGUUGUGGUCGAACUGACUUUCAACAAGGGAAUUCAGCGGCACUUUACGAAGCAAUCCACAAGAAGAUUUUCGUUUUGCCCGACGAUUUUGAAAUUUAUCCUGGGCACGAUUAUAAGGGAAUUCUUAUGUCUACAGUUGGCGAAGAGAAGAAAUAUAAUCCUCGUUUAACGAAACCAUUGAAGGAAUUCGUUGAAAUCAUGGACAAACUUAAUCUUGGGCCUCCUAAGCAGAUCGAUAAAGCGGUUCCAGCAAACAAGGUCUGCGGAGUUUAUGAAUUAAUGGAUGAUAUCAUAAGACAAAAAAUAUGGCCAAAUAAAUGA